AUGUUCUCCCGACUGAGGGCAGCCGCCUCGCCGUGCCGCCUCCUCCACACCAAGGAGAAGGGCAAGCCGCUGAUGCUCAACCCGCGGACCAACAAGGGCAUGGCCUUCACGCUGCACGAGCGGCAGAUGCUGGGCUUGCAAGGGCUCCUGCCUCCCAAAAUAGAGACCCAGGACAUCCAGGCCUUGCGCUUCCACAAGAACCUGGCCAAAAUGACCGACCCCCUGGAGAAGUAUAUCUACAUCAUGGGGAUCCAGGAGAGGAACGAGAAGCUGUUCUACAGGGUGCUGCAGGACGACAUCGAGCGGCUGAUGCCCAUCGUGUACACGCCCACAGUGGGCCUCGCCUGCUCCCAGUACGGGCACAUCUUCAGGAGACCCAAAGGGUUAUUUAUUUCCAUCUCAGACAGAGGCCACAUCAGGUCGAUCGUGAACAACUGGCCGGAGAACGACGUUAAGGCUGUCGUCGUCACGGACGGAGAAAGGAUAUUGGGUCUGGGCGACCUGGGAGUGUAUGGGAUGGGAAUCCCGGUGGGAAAGCUGUGCUUGUACACGGCCUGCGCCGGGAUCCACCCGGAUAAAUGCCUGCCCGUGUGCAUCGACGUCGGGACUGAUAACACGACGCUCCUGAAAGAUCCCUUCUACAUGGGCCUGUAUCAGAAGAGGGACCGCUCGCAGGUCUACGACGACCUGAUCGACGAGUUCAUGGAGGCCAUCACGGACAGGUACGGCCAGAACACGCUUAUCCAGUUCGAAGACUUCGGGAACCACAACGCUUUCCGCUUCCUGCGCAAAUACCGAGAGAAAUACUGCACCUUCAACGACGACAUCCAAGGGACGGCCUCGGUGGCCUUGGCGGGACUGCUGGCAGCGCAGAAAGCCACCGGCAAACCCCUCACGGAGCAGAAAGUGCUGUUCCUCGGGGCGGGAGAGGCCGCCCUGGGAAUCGCCAACCUCAUCGUCAUGGCGAUGGUGGAGAGCGGCGUCUCCGCCGAGGAGGCCUACGGGAGGAUAUGGAUGUACGACAAAUUCGGCUUGCUGGUUCAGGGCCGAGAACAAAAGGUAGAUUCCAAUCAGGAGCCCUUCACGCACCGGCCCCCAGAGCAGAUACCGAAGACCUUUGUGGAGGCGGUGAACGUGCUCCGGCCUUCAGCCAUCAUCGGAGUGGCAGGGGCCGGCAGGCUCUUCUCCCCCGACGUGCUCAAGGCCAUGGCCGCCAUCAACGAGCGGCCCAUCGUGUUCGCCCUCAGCAACCCCACGGCCAAGGCCGAGUGCACGGCGGAGGAGGCCUACACGCUGACCGAGGGCCGCUGCUUGUUCGCCAGCGGCAGCCCCUUCGACCUGGUGACCCUGAAGGACGGCAGGACCUUCAAGCCGGGCCAGGGCAACAACGCUUACAUCUUUCCAGGCGUGGCUCUGGCGGUGAUCCUCAGCAGCGUUCGGCACAUCAGCGACAAGGUUUUCCUGGAGGCUGCCAAGGGAUUGUCGCUGCUUGUCCCCUCAUUAUUGUCCCCUCCCCCGCUGUCCCGCAUUUCUGCCCUCCCGCACCGCUCCCCGCCCGCCAACCACGGAACCAACGCCUGCGGUUCUGCGCCCGCCCGCUCCUCUUUUUUCUCCCGGCCAUCAGCACCGCGCAGGCGCGCCGUGGCCCGGAUGUGGCGCGUGCGCGGCGGGGCCCGGACGUGUCGGGGCGGCCUCGGCGGCGACACCGCGAACGGGCGCGGAGGGGCCCGCGGGGGACACCGCACCGCCCGCCCGCGGGUGGGGUGGGCACGGCACCGCCCGGGGAGGGGGGCACCGCUGCCCUCCGCUGCCCCCCUGAGCCGCGCCGCCGCCCCGCCUGGCCGCAGGGAGGAGGAGGAGGGGGGGGAGGAGGCCGCGGCCUUCCCCGCCCGCCCGCCCCUCACGGCGGGCCCGGCCGCGCCCGCGCAGCGACAG